GCUGUCAGUCAGGCCAUCAUGGCCGUCAUGUGAAGUGUGUGUUAAUUUCGUGUUAAAAAAGUUAUGUCAACAACUCGCACCCCGGGUCCCCCAAAGAAAAGGGGACACCAGCACCACCCCCGUAAUGAAGGCAAUCGACGUAAGCCCAUCUUAGAGCCAGUAGUAGGGCCACCGCUCAGUGUUUACAGUGGUGACAAUGUGUUGACAAAUAAAGGGGUUGCACCAACCAAAACAUUACCACAAAAAGUUGUUGUUCAAGAUCAGAAAAUAAAUGUAGGGGGUGGAAAAGAUAAACAAGCAAAUUGUGAUAUUCCAGUGAUAGAUUUAACCCUUUGUGAUGACGAAAUAGUAGAAAAUAAGGUCGAAAAAGUAGUCGUAGAAUCUAGUAAUAGUGGCAGCAAUGUAUCUGUUAGUAAAUCAGUAAAGAAUGACCAUAAUCAGCGAAUUAAAAAGUCUAGAAGAUCGAGGAACCAUCAUAAUCAAACUUACAAAACCUCGCAAAUUAUUAAGGCCCCCAGUAAAAGUUCUUUGUUUAACAAUGAUGACAUGUCUUUGGUGGAGCGUCCAGAAGCUGAAGGUUCCAGUCUUAGCGACCAGGAAAUAGAAAAGACUGAUUAUGAUCCAGAAAUAGAGGAAUUAUCCAAGCUUCGCUGUACGUCCGAGAGGACUGAAGUGAUAGCUGAAAAAGAAAUGAGAAGAAGGGGCCGUCGAUGUGCAGAUUAUCCUGGUCUGGCAUUUAGUUCAACAUUCAGUUCCGAUACCUUGAUGAAGUUCAGCAUAAUCAGAAAUGAAAUUCAAAAUAUUAUGAAUACACAACUGAAAAGGGCCGAAUCCGAAGUGGCAGCCCUGAACCGUCGUAUCCAACUUCUGGAAGAAGAUCUCGAACGUUCCGAAGAACGUUUGGCCACCGCCACCGCCAAACUGGCCGAAGCCUCACAAGCCGCCGACGAGAGCGAAAGGAUACGCAAAGCGCUGGAAAAUAGGACCAACAUGGAAGACGACCGCGUAUCAAUCCUGGAACAGCAGCUAGCCCAGGCCAAACAAAUUGCCGAAGAGGCCGACAAAAAAUACGAAGAGGUCGCCAGGAAGCUGGUACUCAUGGAACAAGACUUAGAACGAGCAGAAGAAAGGGCGGACCAAUCAGAUAGUAAAAUCGUAGAACUUGAGGAAGAACUUCGCGUCGUAGGCAACAACCUGAAAUCUCUUGAAGUCUCUGAAGAGAAGGCCACGCUAAAAGAAGAAGAAUAUGCAGUGACAUUAAAACAUGUAGAACAGCAACUCAGAGAGGCUGAAGCACGUGCUGAAUUUGCUGAACGUUCAGUCCAAAAAUUGCAAAAGGAGGUUGACAGACUCGAAGACGACCUUUUAUCGGAAAAAGAAAAGAACAAAAUCCUCGCAGACGAAAUGGAGGCAACGUUGCACGACAUCCAAAAUAUGUAAAAUUCACACGCCGCAGCUUGUCAUUACCUAGGAAUUACAUAUAUGCGCACGUGUUUUUUACACUCGACACAGGCAAUUGUCAAUUUUACUUAUAUCAGAUCGGUUCUCGGCAAGUUUACAGAACAAAAAAAACUCUAUUCUGUAAACUCCCACGAUUUGCCGCAACCAACAAUACACGCUAGCGGACGUUUCGGCGACCGACGUUGCCGAGUCUACUUUUUUUUUCUAUUUGUCCAUCCGCAAUAAUGUCCAUUCUUUUUCUUUUGGUGCUUAUUUUUAUUCUAAUCGUGAAGGUUUUAUGUUAGGAUUUUUAAAGCGAUGGUAAAUAUUUUGAAAAUAUUAACGAAUUUUUCUACUUAGAUCUUAAGUCUAAAUGUGAAAAAUUAAAAGUUUACCGUCGCUUUUAAGAGAACAAAGUACGAUACAAAAUGAAUGCAUUUUAAUAUUAGGCACGCAAACUUCACACUCGAUAUUUUGCCAUUUUUAUUAUACUUUUUGUCUUAAAUUAAUUUUAUUUUAUUUAUAUCACUUUUAGAAAUUAUUGCUUUUCUAGAUCGUUUCGUUUUCUUAUAUACUGUGUGUUUAAGUUUAAAAUUAAAAAGGUUUAUCUUAAGUUCUGUUAAAUUUAUAACAGCCAACUAAUAUUAAACUAGUCAAAAUUAAAGUGUAUUGAUUUGAAUACAGGGGAGUUUAAAAAAUGUGAAAACACUAAUGAAUAUGGUAGCUGUAAAAAUGUGUAUUCAACUGUUUUUUUUAAUUACUACCUACAUAUACAUAAAAGAUUUUUUUACGUAGAAUACAAUAAACUUUAUUUUCACUCUGAUGUCUUGAACACGCUGUAUAUACUCUCCUUAUAUAAAACGAAGUUACUUGUGAUGGCGUGAUAAGUUGCAAUAUAUAACGAUAACAACACUGCCUUCAAUAUCGAUUUAAAAUUACUGGCCGCUUACGACUUAUGAUUUUUCACGCAACAAAAUUUGGUAGUUUUCAAAAAUGUGUAGUAUCAAAAAUAUAAUUUUUAUUAUAUUUUCGGCAUUUAAGCCAGGUACAAGUAUUUUGAUACUAACAUUUCUACUAGAUUUUUUUGUAAUGCAUUCCAAUAAAAGCAUUUAUUUCAAACUCCUGUACAUUUCCAUGUAUUAGUUUCAUAUUGUUAGUAUUGGAAGAAACGAAAUAAUGAGUGGUAAUAUUUAUUUAUUUAAACUAAUUUUAAAUCCAAUAAAAAUUGUUGGCUUGAUAACAAAUCGUUCUUAGGAUGUUGUAAAUAUUGAUAUUUAUAAAAAAAACUUUCUAAACACAUUCGGAAUGUUUGGUUAUCAUUUCUAUUUUUUUAGUAAAAGAAAUAAAGAAAUAUUACCGCCCACACAAACUACAUAAAACGGAAUAGGUAUUCGUCUAUAAAUGAAAAUUUUCAGUCGUUACGAUAAAAAUUAUAAGUAUUAAAUUUAUUGAUAAACAAAUUUUAUUUUUAAAGUCUUAUUGUUUAUAUUUUCUAAUAUUACAAAAUGUAUUUUAUUUAGCAGUUGUAAACUAAUUGGUUAAUUAUAUAUUUAAUGAACACUU